CAGUCCGGCUGAGGAGGGGGCGCGGAGGAGAAGCGGGGUUGGAAAUGAAAGGGGAGGGAGCCGGGUUCGGGGAGGGCUCCUUGGGCCAGGCGUCUUGGGCAACAUGAGGAGAACCAGGGCGCUCCCCUUCGUGUAGCCGAGGAGGCCGCUCUCCAUCCUUAUCUGCCCCAAAGGCCUCCUUCGCUUUGGCUACCCUUCAUCCGGGUCCUCCGCUGGCAAGGCUCCGAAUUGGGCCCGAGGCAAGAUGGCCGCGCCGGCGGCUGUGAACCCCUCCGAAAUGGCAUCAGACAUACCUGGACCAGUGACGUUGCCGGUGGCACCAAUGGCUGCGGGGCAAGUAAGAAUGGCAGGGUCUGUGCCUGGUCGAGGAGGAAAGAGGCGCUCGGGAAUGGACUUUGAUGACGAAGAUGGUGAAGGGCCCAGCAAAUUUUCAAGGGAGAACCAUAGUGAGAUCGAGAGACGCAGGAGGAACAAGAUGACCCAGUACAUCACCGAGCUCUCUGACAUGGUGCCCACCUGCAGCGCCUUGGCGCGCAAACCUGACAAGCUGACCAUUCUCCGCAUGGCAGUGUCACACAUGAAGUCUAUGAGGGGCACUGGGAACAAAUCUACUGAUGGCGCAUAUAAACCUUCUUUCCUAACUGAGCAGGAACUGAAACACCUCAUCCUCGAAGCAGCGGACGGUUUUCUCUUUGUGGUUGCUGCUGAAACGGGCCGAGUUAUCUAUGUGUCCGACUCUCUUACUCCUGUUCUGAACCAGCCACAGUCCGAAUGGUUUGGUAGCACCCUCUAUGAGCAGGUUCAUCCUGAUGAUGUGGAGAAGUUGAGGGAGCAGCUCUGUACCUCUGAGAACUCAAUGACAGGGAGGAUUCUGGAUUUGAAGACUGGGACAGUAAAGAAAGAAGGCCAGCAGUCCUCAAUGAGAAUGUGCAUGGGAUCAAGGCGUUCAUUCAUCUGUAGAAUGAGGUGUGGAAAUGCCCCACUAGAUCACUUACCUCUGAACAGAUUAACUACCAUGCGGAAACGUUACAGGAACGGCCUUGGCCCUGUGAAAGAAGGAGAAGCUCAAUACGCAGUGGUUCAUUGUACUGGUUACAUUAAGGCCUGGCCUCCGGCAGGGAAAAUAGGAAUGACUAUACCAGAAGAAGAUGCCGAGGUGGGGCAAGGCAGCAAAUAUUGUCUGGUGGCAAUAGGAAGACUGCAGGUAACAAGUUCUCCGGUGUGCAUGGACAUGAAUGGCAUGUCGGCUCCCACAGAAUUCUUGUCCAGACAUAACUCAGAUGGAAUCAUCACCUUUGUUGAUCCAAGAUGUAUCAGUGUUAUUGGCUACCAACCACAGGACCUUUUGGGGAAAGACAUUUUAGAAUUUUGCCACCCAGAAGAUCAAAACCAUUUGAGGGAGAGCUUCCAACAGGUUGUGAAGCUGAAAGGCCAGGUGCUCUCUGUGAUGUAUCGUUUCCGUACUAAGAAUCGGGAGUGGAUGUUAAUCAGGACUAGCAGCUUUACUUUUCAGAACCCUUAUUCAGAUGAGAUCGAGUACAUCAUAUGCACCAACACAAAUGUAAAGCAACUUCAGCAACAGCAAGCCGAACUUGAAGUACACCAGAGAGAUGGACUGUCAUCAUAUGAGUUAUCACAGGUGCCUGUUCCAAGUAUACAAUCAAAUGUUCAUGAGAGUGGGAAGCCAGUGGAGAAGCCUGAUGCUAUCUUCACCCAAGAGAGAGACCCGAGAUUUGCUGAGAUGUUCACUGGCAUAACUACUUCUGAUAAAAAGAUGAUGCCUUCAGCAUCCACAGGAGGAAACCAGCAGAUCUACUCUCAAGGGAGUCCCUUCCAGCCAGGACAUUCUGGAAAAACCUUCAGCUCAUCUGUGGUCCACGUGCCAGGAGUCAACGACAUUCAGUCCUCUUCAUCAACCAGCCAGAACUUGACCCAGAUCUCUCGACAACUCAAUCAGAGCCAAGUGGCCUGGACAGGGAGCCGCCCUCCAUUCCCUGGACAGCAAAUUGCUUCACAAUCUGGCAAGGCUCAAUCCUCUCCCUUCGCGAUUGGAACCAGCCAUACCUAUCCCACUGAUCCAGCAUCCUACAGUCCCCUGUCUAGUCCUGCCACCUCUUCUCCAAGUGGGAACGCCUAUUCCAGCCUAGCUAACAGAACAGCAGGAUUUGAUGGGUUUCUUUCAGCUGAGAGCAGUCAAAGCAGUGGACAGUUUCAAGGGAGGCCUUCAGAAGUGUGGUCCCAGUGGCAAAGCCAGCAUCACAACCAGCAGAACAGUGAGCAGCACCCACACCAGCAAACAAGCCAGACAGAAGUGUUCCAGGAUAUGUUACCUAUCCCAGGUGAUCCAACACAGGGGACGGGGAAUUACAACAUUGAAGAUUUUGCUGAUCUGGGCAUGUUUCCUCCGUUUUCUGAGUAAAUGUAUCUAGCCAGAUAACCUUUUAAAAGAAUGUCCUGAAGCAGGGAGAAUCUGCACUGGUGUAGGUUGGGCUCUGCUUUUUUUCUGUGUUAACUUAUCAUAGAAGUGAUUAAACAAGAAGUCUCCAUUCCCAUUUCUUAGAUAAUAAUAACUUGCUGUCCUUCCAAAUGCUGACCGCGCAAGUUCUAAUGAAAUAAUUCAUGCUGCCUGGUUGGGGUUCAUGUAAGGAUUCGUUUUAUAUCUCAUGUCCAUUUGCAGUAGAGAGUGGGGUUUGGGGUGGGGAUGCAGUAGUAUGGAAGGCACUUUGUGAACUUUCUCUAAGCUCUUUACAUUUGAAUGUGAACCACUUCUUACUUUCCCUUUUAGAGAAAGUUGUUUGUGUAAAUAGAUAAUGAAAUAACAAGCACUCCCAAUCUUUUUGCAUAUUACUUGAACAUAAGCUACUUGGAUUUCAUCAAGGCUUAGAGCAAGGAUAGUUCAAUGGAUUGAGUAUGGUGCAUUUAGCAAGAAUUAACUUAAAAGAAAUACAGAUUCAGUUCCUGUAUGUUUUACUAUGGAAGGCACUUAGCUCAAUGACUAGAGCUAAUGAUUUGCAUGAUGAAGUCUUGUAUUCAGUUUCUUUGGCAUCUCCACUGGAAACUAAUUCAAUUAACAGAAGCCCCACCUCCACUGCUAUAUAAUGCAGUUUCAGAAUGAGGUUUAACUUUAGUGUAGACUCAUAUAAUCCAGUUCAGUGCAUUUAAGGUGCAUUAUAUGGCAGUGUAGGUGGGGUCAGAGCUGGAAAUGUCCUCUGUUCUGAGACCUGGGAAAUCUAGUUUGAGACAGUACUGGAUUGAAAAAAUAAAAACAGUGGCUGGAGGCAUGCUUUUUUAUAUGCCCAGUUCAACAAGUGAGGCCAAUGACUGUGCACAGUUGAGGUUGUAUGACUGCUCUGGGUUCUAUGCAGUAACUGUUUCAUUUUGCAUUGUGAUAAGUUUCAAAAGAGCAUUAAUUUGGAUUAUGCUUAUCAUAGAAGUGAGUUUAUGGAAUUUUUGCUCCUCUGAGAACUCAACAAUAACCAUAGCCCAAAUGGUCAACCUGAUCUUCAAGCAAAAAAUGAUCACUUUCAGUAUAGGCAGUCCCCAAAUUAUGAACAAGAUAGAUUCUGUAGGUUUGUUCUUAAGUUUUAUUUGUAUAUAAGUCGGAAAAGGUACGUUUUAAGUGUAACUCCACACACACACACACACACACACACACACACACACACACACACACACACAAGCUUUGGAUAGUAUAGGAGAGGGAUAACACUCCUGUGGUGUUUGUUUUGCUAUCUGUGCCCCUGUUCAGAAGAUUUAAUCUCACUUCUGUCCCUAAGAUAAAUAGAUUUUGAAAAAUGUGGCUUUUGGUGAUAAAAGUGGAGACACCUUUUUGCCAUAAUAAUUCUUUCAGAAGUGAAUUCCCCUUCUUAGGGCUAAUUUCCUGUUGUCUCACCCUAUUCUUAACUAUGAAUCGUUUGUAAGUUGGAUAUUUGUAACUUGGAGACUGCCUGUACUUUGGAAAGUUCUGCCUUCCGGACAGAGCUCCUAGUGCUCCGAAACAAGACUUUCCCACAUGACCUAAUCCUCUCAUGAUUGUUAAGACUUCAAAGUUGUCAGCACCACCUCUUGCUUGGUAAUCUGCUCUAAGUAAACACAUCAAGAAAGGGGACAUUCUAAUCCCAUCUCCUUCUCUGUCCCUGUGGAGAGGGGCCAUCCAAAAUGCAUGAAGGUUCUCCACAUGUAGAGAGAUUCUCCUCUUUUUGCUCUGCUUGGUUCACUCUCCCCUCCUGUUCACUCAGAAUAGAUUGCAAAGCAUCUGAAUAAGGCUCCCUUCUUCAUAUCUUCAAAACUACUGAGCAUUUCUGCUUUGAAACCAGCACAAUUUUGGGUUCAGCAAUAUGGCAGAAAUGAGCAGGAGAUUUCUCAUACAACUUUGAAAGUAACUUCUUUAUUAACUGAGGAUAUGAGCAACUUCUGUCAGUAGCUCAGCUGAAAAUUAGCAUUUAUAAGAGCCCACUGUCUCUGAACUUCACAGCCCCUAGGAUUGCCAUAAUGAAAAGCAGCAGCGACUGCUUUGGUACCAUUAAUAGUUGUGUAGAAUAAUGGAAUCAUAGAGCUGGAAAAAACCACAAGGGCCAUCCAGUCCAACCCCCUUCUGUCAUGCAGGGGAAAACAAAGCAUUCCUGACAGAUGGCCAUUCGGACUUUGCUUAAAAACCUCCAGAGAAGGAGAUUCAAUUGUCUCAAAAGUUUUGAUUUAAAAAUAAAAUAGACCAGAAUGUUCAAUCAUAGUUUAUGUUAACCUAUACUAAGCUAUGUAACAGAAGUGCUAAGAAACCCUCCUAAUGAAUUGUGAAUAUGUGUAUCAGGCCACCUGCAAGACAGAUCAUCCCAUCAUGUACAUUCAUCCUUUUGUGCUUCGGUCCUGAUGUACAUUGGUUCUGUUGAGCAUCAGCCCUGUUGUACAACACUCAGUGGUCACUUCACUGAUGCCCCUACAUAAUAAUGCCUUGCUAAAUAUGGAUGCUGUGAAACUGUUCAAGUUUCCUGCAGACAUAAAUCCAUUUACAAACACAGAAGUCCCCAAAUGAAUUCCAAUUCAUUUUAUUUUUAAUUAGGCAAGCAAGAAAUUUGCAAACAACGUUGCCCGUGCUAUCUUUAGUCAACAGCCAUAUCAGCUUCCAGGAGGAGACACAUUUUUGUGUGGAGAUAAGCCUGCUUCAGUGACAUCCAUUAUUAAUAAUGGUUAUGGUUCUGCCUAUGUUAUAGAGGCUAGUUGGGAAAGGUUUACUUAUAUCAGCCAGCACUGUGUGUUAUUCUUGAGCUGGGACUGCUGCCAAAGCUCAUCGAAUUUCCUCCUUACUCCUCUAUAGCUAUAAAUCACCCAAAAAGCCAGAAGCAGAACAGGUAGAGAAGCAAAGGGGAGCAAGAGAUAAGCAUUCCUGCAUACUUUGCAUUAUGUCCUAGAGGAGACAAAGGUCAUGCAGUGCUGCCAGUUUCAGCAAUGGCCCUAUGUUAAGUGUAACAUGUAGUUUUACUUACUGUUUCGAUCAUCAUGUCUAGUUUGCUUGACUUUCCUUGCUCAAGAGGACAGUCUGAAAUUGUUAAAACAACACCUACCAUUUGAAAGGUCCUUAUAAAAUGUUAAGAAGAGUGUUGCAUUGAUCUGACUGUUUUAACAUAUUUUGUACGUCCUGUUUUCUCAGCACCUCCUUCUCCAAAGAUAGGCUACUGUGCAAUCCUCAAUGCCUUAUCAAUGUCAUAUUGCCGGAUUUGUUGCCUUACAAGAUAACAAGUGAAUGAGUAGUUUUAGAGGAGCAAGUUUGUUCUUCCGGUUCUAUUGGAGGUUGAAAGGGACAGGACUGGGGCUUUAGUUGUUUUGGAUGAGACGGUAUUGCUAAACAUGGGGUGAAAUGGGGACAUUUUGCUAUGUUUAUGGGAACAAAUAUAUUUUAAAUUGUCAGCCUGAAUUCAAGGACAUAGGCCAGUUUGCUUAUAUCAUAUCAGGCCUGAUGGGCCUGAUGGGUAUUAAGCCUUUUUAAUACUGUUGAACCGCGCCAAAUCUCCAACUUUUUGAAAUAUCAUUUCAGUGGGGAGAAAGUAUGAAGUCUUCAAGAUAUCCUAUUAGAACGAUAUGCCAGUUGUAGUCAUCAGAUUAAGCCAUACUUUGACGGCAAUUAUGCCAUGAGUUAGAACAGUUAUUCUCAACCUGUGGGUCCCCAGAUGUUUUGGCCUUCAACUCCCAGAAAUCCUAAUAGCUGGUAAACUGGCUGGGAUUUUUGGGAGUUGUAGGCCAAAUCGAAGUGAUUCCUAAACUUUUAAACAUUAGAAGAGAACUGUUUUUGGUAUGGGUUGCAUGAUUAUAGCACACCUUUGUUGAAAUUUGUAAAUUGAGGCUGUCUCUGUUACACUUAUGUCUGCAUUUGUGGGGCAUUAAAAUAUAUGCUGCUUCAAACAUGGGGAAAUUGGUCUACAAAGCUGUUUCAAACACUACUUCAGAUAGCAAUGAUUACUGGUCUGAUCAUGUAACCAGCUCUAGUUAAAAUACAAGAUUCUGUCUGACUCUUCCAUGACUUGCCUCAUUCCUGCCUAGUAGACACCCAAUCUGUCCAGUUUCAUUUUGGCUCCAUUUGCCAUUAGCUUCUGUCUUGGCUGCAUUGUUUGAUCAUCCCAGUUCUUCAGGCUCCUUUCAUUGCCAGCUAGGUUUGAUCCCUAGCCCUUCCUAAAUGAAGAGGAGGGAAUGGUGCUUUUCUAGUCCAAACUUUUGCAAGCUUACCUUCCUCUUAAAUCGGUAUACUUUAAUUCAGUGGUUUCAUUCCUGUUGUUUUUCAAUGGGAAGGAGAUAGUCAUGUGCUAAGCUUUCUCCCAUUGAAACCUGAAAGUACUCAGAAUUGAUGUCUCUCCCCCCCCCCCCUUAAAAAAAAGCUAAUUUUUGUAUUGUUUGCAUUCAUAUGUUUUGGAACUCCUUCAUGUCUGUGUGGAACUGUGCUGUGGAUAAAGGUGUAUUUUGUACUUCUAAGUGUUCUGUAUAGCAAAACCAGUUUUGUGUUUCUGUAUAAUUAAUAACUUGCCUUUUAAAAUGUCAUUAAAAUAAUGAGCCAUC